UUCCACCGUCACACUGUUGUUUAGAGCCUGCGCCGCUUCACAAGGUGGAGCAGAACACGGGCGCGGGAGGAGAUAAGAGCCGCGGCUGGAAAUCAGAUUUCAGGCACGGAUCUUCCAUCACUGCCUGAAAGGGAAGCACUUUCACACAGGAUACAGGCAAACGGCACUCUCUGCGUGUUUGUCGGGGCUUUGAAAGUGUUUUGCAGGAGGGAGAAUUCUCCUCAGAUGGAAAAUUGGAGCUCGUUUGCUCUCGAUGAGCUGAAUCCUCUGACCUCAUCCGAAGCCCGCACCCGGAGCUCUGCUUUGUUACUGCAAUAAGGACGAUUCCAUUUCCGUUUGGGGCUGAAUUUCCCUUCCCCAAAUUGCACCUCCUCCCCCUCCUCCCCCGCCUCCCCCUCUCCCUCUCUCACUCCUCCAUCCUUUGCACCUGUGCAGCCGCCGCCGCUGCUGCUGCUCGUGCGUCAAACGACGCGACUGCUUCUUUAGCGCGCGCUCUCCGGCGAAGUGGCCGCAGACCGACUCGGUCCCGCACGUUCUCCUCCCGCAGCCGUCGGCGCCGCCGCUCCACGUGUUCCCGCGCGACAGAAAGGCGCGGACAAACUUUUAGCGGCGUCGCUUUACGCGCAGGCUGUCGACUCGGACGCGCGGCCGCGGUCUUCGCGUCCUCCGCCUCGCUGCCGGCGUGAUUUUCACGGAAACUUGAGGCGGAACCAUGCAAGUUUACGUGGCCGUGAUCUUCGCGUGCGGGGUGUCGGCUCUCAAUAUCACGGAGGAGAAGGGAGCAUGUCCACUUGGAUAUUUCCCCUGCGGCAACCUGAGCACGUGCCUCCCCCAGCUCCUCCACUGCAACGGCAUCGACGACUGUGGAAACCAGGCGGACGAGGAGAACUGCGGAGAUAAUAAUGGAUGGCCUCAUCUUUUUGACAAGUAUUUUGGGAUGCCAAGCUACACGACGGGGACCAAGUCCAACAUAUGCUUGCUCGGCGCGGUUCCUCACCUCUGCCAGUGCCGGGACCUGGAGUUGGACUGCGACAGCGCUCAGCUGCGAGACGUCCCCGAGGUGGCGACGAACGUCACCAUGAUGUCUCUUCAAAGGAACCAGAUCCAGAAACUGAGGGCAAACGCUUUCUUUAAAUACCAGAGUCUCCAGAAGCUAUACCUGCAGCACAACAGGAUUGGAGACGUGAGCCCCGGCGCGUUCAAAGGCCUGUGCAACCUGACCAGACUAUAUCUGAGCUACAACAGGAUCUCCGUCCUGAGGCCCGGCGUCUUCCAGGACCUGCACAAGCUCGAGUGGUUGAUCCUUGAGAACAACAACAUUCACCACAUCACCCCCACCACCUUCUCGGGUCUCAACUCCCUGGUUUUGCUGGUUUUGUUGAACAACUCUCUGACGAGGCUGGAUGACAUUUGUGGAGAAAUGCCAAGACUGAACUGGCUGGAUUUGGAAGGAAAUCUCAUAGAAACCAUUGAAAACGUCUCCUUCUGUUCCUGCAGCAUGUUGACAGUUUUGGUCCUGCAGCGGAACCGGAUCGGCCAUGUUCACGAGCAGGCGUUCUCGGUCCUGCAGAAGCUCGGAGAACUAGAUCUGUCCAACAACAGACUGGUGGCCAUCCCUCCCAAUCUAUUCGUCUUACUGGGAGAUUUGCUCCAACUGAACAUAUCGUACAAUCCCAUCGUGGAGCUGCAGGUCGACCACUUUGACAAGUUGUACAAGCUGAAGUCACUGAGCAUAGAAGGGAUUGAAAUUGGGAACAUACAGCGGCGGAUGUUCGAACCACUCAAAUACUUGACUCACAUCUACUUCAAGAAGUUCCAGUACUGCGGCUACGCUCCUCACGUGCGCAGCUGCAAACCCAACACCGACGGCAUCUCGUCCUUCGAGGACCUGCUGGCCAACAUCGUGCUGCGGGUCUUCGUCUGGGUGGUGUCGGCCACCACCUGCUUCGGCAACGUCUUCGUCAUCUGCAUGCGCUCGUACAUCCGCUCGGAGAACAAGCUGCACGCCAUGUGCAUCAUUUCCCUCUGCUGCGCCGACGGCCUGAUGGGGAUCUACCUGUUCAUGAUCGGCGCCUACGACCUGAAGUUCCGCGGCGAGUACAACCGGCACGCGCAGGCCUGGAUGGACAGCGGCCAGUGCCAGGUCAUCGGCUCGCUGGCCAUGCUGUCCACGGAGGUGUCGGUGCUGCUGCUCACGUACCUGACGCUGGAGAAGUACAUCUGCAUCGUGUACCCGUUCAAGUACCUGACGCCGGGCUGGCGGCGCACGGUCUCCAUCCUGCUGGGCAUCUGGCUCUUCGGCUUCGUCAUCGCCUUCCUGCCGCUGGUCUGCAAGAGGCUGUUUCGCAACUUCUACGGCACCAACGGCGUUUGCUUCCCGCUGCACUCGGAGCAGCCGGAGACGCUGUGGGCGCACGUUUACUCCAUCGUCAUCUUCCUGGGUGGGAACGCGCUGUCGCCGCUGGGGACGCGCCGCCGUGGUCCGGACACUAACGUGCGCCUCUGUGCAGGUCUGAACCUGGUGGCCUUCCUCAUCAUCGUCCUGUCCUACGCCAGCAUGUUCUACAACAUCCAGAGGACGGGAACGCAGACCACCAAGUACAGCAACCACAUCAAGAAGGAGGUGACCAUCGCCAAGAGGUUCUUCUCCAUCGUCAUCACCGACUCCCUCUGCUGGAUCCCCAUUUUCAUCCUCAAGAUCCUGUCACUGCUGCAGGUGGAGAUUCCCGGCACCAUCAGCUCCUGGGUGGUCAUUUUCAUCCUGCCCAUCAACAGCGCGCUGAACCCCAUCCUCUACACGCUGACCACGCGCCCCUUCAAGGAGACCAUCCUGCAGGUCUGGGCCAACUACCGGCAGAAGAGGCCGCUGCUCAGCGUGCAGCCGGCCCAUCCUCCGUCGCUCACCUGGCAGGAGAUGUGGCCGCUGCAGGAGAACAGCCUGGCGCUGAGCCCGGGGCUGCAGGCGGAGGCCGCGGGCGGAGGCUCGCUGGGCGCGCCCACACGCAACCACGUGGACGCACACAGCAGCCAGUAGACAGACUGAGGAACGGGCUCGUCGUGGCAGCGCCUCCACCUGUUCAACGUGACGUGGGCUCGGUGUUAACCUGCGACAGAGGCACUUUUUCUGACAGCAGUCCGUGUUUUGUAUUGGGACCCCUCUCUGUGGUUCAGAGUCAUUAGUGUUCAUUAGUGUUGUGGAGGAGCGGUGUGCAUGCUUCGCCCGGGCAGCUGAAGUCGGCGCAGAAGCCCCUCGAACGGCUGCAGAGCUCCUCUAAUGAAGACCGCACGCUGCGCCCAAACAUCUCUUAUCAAUGCGGAACAGAAGCCGUGUUCCACUUACGGGGAAGCUUUUGUUCCACCGCUUUCGCUGCUCGGUUUAAUUUCCCACAAAAGGCUUUUUCAUCAUUUCUUCUAAACACGAUACGGGAGCUGAAUAAUAAUCUACUCAAAGUUACAUUUGGAAAAAUAAAAAGUUGUGACUUCUAAUAAUAAUGAUGAAACGACGACGAUGUGGUUAAACCAAGAUGAAUGUAAGCGUUUCUGCCUGAGCCCGUCGUCGUUUGCGUCCCAUCGAGGUGUAGCUGGCAUUUUGUGAAGCACUGGAGCGUACGCUCAAUGAUGAUUUUUAUAGAUUAUUGUCACCUUUUAACAUUUUCCUGCAGGAAAUACUGCGCUCCAACCUUUUUCCUAGGAGCUACUGAUAACGUUGACAUGGACGUUCAUGUCCGUGCUUUUCUACAGCCUCCACUCUUCGCUCCUGGACGUUCCCCUUCACCGGUUUGCUUCAAUCCCUACCUUCGUGACAGCUGCCUGGAGCCAUGUUACGUCAGCCACGGGACUGGAAGUCCUGGUUGCAUCAGCUGUGGCUCUUAUUGGUCAAUGAGGCUCGUAGAGGUACAUCAUUUGUACUGCUCAUUUUAGUUAGUCUGAACCUGGAGCUUCGAUGCCAACAACUCUGGAGAAGCACAGAACGAACACACUCCUGCUCAUGCGGAUGCACUGUCGAGGAACAUUACACCUACAAUAAAUAUUGUACUUUUAGUCGCUGCUGUAGCAAGUUUCAUUGAUUGGGGUUGAAGAGCUCAGCAAAAAUUCUGCGAGCGGCGAGUCUCCUGUGUAGCAUAAUCACCGCCCUCUGACUCUGUUUCCAUGCUUUAGGUUCUGAUACUGAGACAUUACAAGUCUGUUCUAAGAGAAAUGUCAAUAAAAUUGAGGUGAGGGAAGGAAUGGCGACCUGAUCUGAUUCUUUGAUGCUGGCGGCCCUUUUCUCAUUUGUUUCACGCAUUUUGUGCCUUUGAGUUUUGUCUCAAUGUGUUGAAUGUGCGUUUGGACUCAAAGCUCCGUGGUCGCUGAACAGUCCAAUUAUCUGUCCAUUAUUUUGUCAUUGAUCCUGAAUGAUGCUGGUUUAGCAAACCUACUGUGGGAACCAGGCUCAGGCUGCAUCCAGUACAACAACUCCUGUACAGUUGUAAAUGAGUGUUUAUUCAGAUUGGGACCUGUUUCCCCACUACUUGCAGUAGUGCUAUUAUUUAUGCAGGCACGGUUAUUAAAGCAGCCACAGAUUUGAUGGAAAUUACUUCAACCAACAGAGAAUGAAGAGACAAUAACGCUUUCAGGUUGUGAAUCCACAGACUCCACGGGUUUCCUCUUUGUUGUAUGACUAGCCCACUGUUUGUAAAAUUAGAUUAAAAUUGAAUUAUUGAUAAGACAGACACUAAUAUGAUUAAAGAGUUUCUCGAAAACAGGAAAUCUGCUGCUAAUGUUUUAAAAAUUUGUUGGAGUACAGAGAAUGCAGGAUGCACAUCAACAUUUAGUUUUGCUUUGAGGCAACAAAAAUUAUUAGGAGUAUAAAUUACAUGUUGAUGCUUUAACGAAUGCUGCAGAGGAAAUUGAUUUUGGUGAAGGGCCACGUUUGUGUGUGUGGUAACCCUUGUUUUGCACACACACAUUUCAGCACCAUCCAAUCACAACAGUGACUGAGCAGAGGAGGUUCAUUCCUCAAAGGUUUGACAUUUGCUGUUGCUUUUACUAAUGAAGAGUUGAAUCAGCUGUGUGGGGAAAUCACUUUGGAAGCGUGAGUUUCAUGCUUCCAGCAGCAGGAGGCCCUGCCUGUUUGAAAUCAACUGUAGAGGGGAGCAAUUAGCAUCAGCACAGUCAGACAGCACCGCUUAACAAUAGACACAGAAAAGAGCAACAGCAACAGAACAGUUUGCGCCGCCUGCAGGCAAAUACUACAACAGCUGCAUGUGAUGGAUUGAUCCCAGGCACCAGACGAGCACCAGAAGUAGCUGCAGGCGGCUGCCAAGUCAUGAAGGUUUUUAUCUGUAUGGCCCUGGGGAUUAUGUGAGAGACAGAUUAUUAAAUGGAGGGUUUCUACUAGAGGUUGGUGUGUAACAAAUUCUGCAAAUAGAACAAAAUGUAUAACAGAUACAAAACAGCAAUAGAAACAAAUAGGUGAAUUUGAUAAAUUAUUUUCUUGUGGUCAUGCACAAAUUAAUAAUAAUACAUAAUCAAUUAUAAAUGAUUGCCAAUAUGUUGAAGCUGUAGCAUAUUGAAUAAUCUACUGAUACUUAAGCUUCUUCAUGAUGUGAAAUGUGAAUCAUUUCUCUACUAUCCAAGUGUAAUGCUCACCUUUUAUUCUGUUUAUUGUCCUUCAAACGUUCUUUAGCACUUUUGCACCAUUGAAGGAGGUAGUUACAAUUUGAGAGUUGUUGCAAAGAGGGCAGCAAUUUGUUUCUGUAUCAGUGGUGUCUAGGAAUUCCCCAGCUGGUCUGGUGGUUUCAUCUUGGGCUCUGCUUCACAUCACCAGUCCCUGUAGAGUAAAUGUAAAUGGACAGUCUCAGUCAUUCACAAGAACUUUCAGAUCUUCUGUUCAACAAAGAGCAAAGUCCUGUGGCAGUUGACUUCUUCAGACAUUGCAAAUAUGUGAGACAUGCUACAAUAGAAGCUGCAUUUGUUUUUAUGAAAAUAUUGAUUUGAUUUGUGGAUUUAUUGUAUGUUCAAGCGUAUGUCACCAUUCAUAUCGUAACUUUGUCGAUUGAUUUUUCAAUUGAUCUGUGUUGUACAAUAAAUGUGCCCAUGAAAAUAUUGUUUUGUUUUUUGUUUGCAUGUUUUAGUAUAAUAUGCUUGACAACUUAUAAUAGCUUAUUUAUACAUAUAAUGUAUUAUAGUUAAUUUAACAGCAUGCUUUGAACAAGUUAAAAAUAAGUUUAAUGUAAGUGGAGCCAUUAAAUUUGGACCAAAAUGGAGGAGUUGUUGUUUGCAUCAUAUUGGUGGGGAAUAACAAGGUACAUUUACUUACGUAUAACAUUUAAGUACAAUUUUGUCAUAUAUAUUUAUACCAGAAGACUUGUUCCUCUUACAGUAAGGUGUUUUUUGCUAGGACAACCUCAUUACAUGCCACUAAACGUCACUAAAUGUUACAAACUACCUGACACCUGACGGAAUAAAUGAAAGUAUAUGAUG